UGUGAUCGAGAGGUUCUAGAAAGAGGCUUCUGAGAUGAACAAGAGGUCAUUCAAGUACGCAUGGGUUCUUGACAAGCUUAAGGCUGAACGAGAGCGUGGUAUUACCAUUGAUAUUGCCUUGUGGAAGUUUGAGACCACCAAGUACUACAGCACAGUUAUUGAUGCUCCUGGACAUCGUGACUUUAUUAAGAACAUGAUUACUGGUACCUCUCAGGCCGAUUGUGCCGUCCUUAUUAUUGACUCCACCACUGGAGGUUUUGAGGCUGGUAUCUCCAAGGAUGGCCAGACUCGUGAGCACGCCCUUCUUGCUUUCACGCUUGGUGUCAAGCAGAUGAUCUGCUGCUGUAACAAGAUGGAUGCCACCACCCCCAAGUACUCGAAGGCUAGAUACGAUGAUAUUGUGAAGGAGGUCUCUUCUUACUUGAAGAAGGUUGGGUACAACCCAGACAAAAUUGCCUUUGUUCCCAUCUCUGGAUUUGAGGGAGACAACAUGAUUGAGAGGUCCACCAACCUCGACUGGCACAAGGGACCAACUCUUCUCGAGGCUCUUGACAAUAUCUUUGAGCCAAAGAGGCCCUCAGACAAGCCCCUCCGUCUCCCACUUCAGGAUGUUUACAAGAUUGGAGGUAUUGGACUUGUGCCAGUGGGACGUGUUGAAACUGGAUUCAUCAAGCCUGGUAUGGUUGUUACCUUUGGACCCACUGGGUUGAAUACUGAAGUUAAGUCUGUGGAGAUGCACCACGAGGCUCUCCAAGAAGCUCUUCCAGGUGACAAUGUUGGGUUCAACUUUAAGAAUGUUGCUGUGAAGGAUAUCAAGCGUGGUUUCGUGGCUUCGAAUUCCAAGGAUGACCCUGCCAGGGAAGCAGCCAAAUUCACCUCCCAGGUCAUCAUCAUGAACCACCCCGGUCAGAUUGGUAAUGGUUAUGCCCCAGUCCUUGACUGUCACACAUCUCACAUUGCUGUUAAGUUUGCUGAGAUCCUCACCAAGAUAGAUAGGCGAUCUGGAAAGGAGCUUGAGAAGGAACCCAAGUUCUUGAAGAAUGGUGAUGCUGGUAUUGUUAAGAUGCUUCCAACCAAGUCCAUGGUUGUGGAGACCUACUCUCAGUACCCACCUCUUGGACGAUUCGCUGUCAGGGACAUGAGGCAGACAGUUGCUGUUGGUGUCAUCAAGGAAGUUGAGAAGAAAGACCCAUCAGGUGCCAAGGUCACCAAGUUUACUGCCAAUAAGAAGAAAUGAAGUGUGCGCUUGGGUA